AUUCUGCACUCUUCCGGUUGAAACAUGUGGAAGGGCUGGAAAUAAUAUCGCCUUGUGAAAAAAUUGGCAAAAAGGAGAAAACUUUUGAAAUUUAGGAAACACCGACUGUGCCACUAUGGGCAAAUUAAACGUGGUAAUCCUGAGGUAUCUGUCUAGAGAUGAUUUUAGAGUGCUGACAGCGGUGGAAAUGGGCAUGAAGAACCAUGAAAUCGUGCCAGUAAGUCUAAUUGCGUCCAUUGCCAGCCUCAAACACGGAGGAUGCAACAAGGUUUUGCGAGAGCUGGUCAAACACAAACUUCUGGCCUAUGAGCGCAGCAAAACUGUACAGGGCUACCGGCUGAAUUACGGUGGAUAUGAUUACCUGGCGCUGAAGACACUUUCAUCCAGAGAUGUGAUUUUAUCAGUUGGAAACCAGAUGGGAGUUGGCAAAGAGUCAGAUAUUUACAUUGUUGCUAAUGCGGAGGAGCAGCAGUUUGCUCUGAAACUUCAUAGACUGGGCAGGACGUCCUUCAGAAACUUGAAGAAUAAGAGAGAUUAUCACAAGCACAGAAACAAUAUGUCAUGGUUGUAUCUGUCUCGGCUCUCUGCCAUGAAAGAGUUUGCAUACAUGAAGGCUUUAUAUGAUCGAGGAUUUCCUGUUCCAAAGCCAGUGGACUACAACAGACACGCAGUGGUGAUGGAGCUCAUUAACGGUUACCCGCUGUGUCAGGUUCGAGAGAUUCAAGAUCCUGCUGCACUGUACAGCGAAAUCAUGGAGCUAAUAGUCAAACUGGCCAAUCAUGGCCUGAUCCACGGAGACUUCAAUGAAUUUAACCUAAUGCUUGACGACAAUGAUCACGUCACAAUGAUCGACUUCCCUCAGAUGGUCUCCACCUCACAUAUAAAUGCAGAAUGGUACUUUGAUCGUGAUGUCAAGUGUAUUCGAGAUUUCUUCAUAAAAAGAUUUAACUAUGAAAGCGAACUCUAUCCAACCUUCAAAGAUAUCAGAAGGGCAUGUUCACUGGAUGUGGAGAUCUCAGCUAGUGGCUACACAAAAGAGCUGCAGCAGGACGACAGUUUGCUCCACCCUGAAGGUCCUGAGAGUGAUGGAGAUGAAGACGAUGAGAGCCCAGAGUCAACUGACGACACGCAUCAGGCGUCUGCAGGGGACACUAUCGACAUGGAGGAGUUUAAACAUGCCAUGCUUGAGCUACAAGGGCUAAAAAUAAGUGCAGAGACUUUAUCAGAAGAGAACAACACAGAGCCUGAGGGAGCACGAUGUGAGCAGGACGUCCCCUCAGAGGAUCUUCAGACAGAAAUGGUUUCUGGCAUUUCUGAAGACUUGGGCAGAGAUGAGGUGGAGGAUGAGUGUCCUGAUUUGGUUGACCUGUCUGCAUGCAAUAAAGAGUUCAGACCAUUCAGAGACCAACUGAGCCUCGAGAAUGAUCACAGGAGAAGAACAACCAGUGAAAUGAGCAUGGCAAGUGUGGCCAGUUGCUCUACAAUUCCACCAGAGGUGAUCAGGCAGAAGGUGAAGAGACAGCUGACCAAACAACAGAAGGCGGCUCAGAGGAGACGUCUGCAUAAGGGGGAAGCCAACCUGGUGACCAAGGAGAGGAGAGAGAACCAGAACAACAUCAAGAGCAGUCUGGAGACUGCUUCCUUCUGGGGCUGAGGAUCUACUCACUCAGCCUAAUGGAGAAAUGAUCUCAGGACUGCUAACGGUUUUCACUUGUGUGUGUAUAUAAAAUUGAUUAAUAAAACAUCUAAAUCUGCAAGUU